AUGCUACAAACAACGAAAUCAGAGGUUGUUGUGAACCAAAAUCGUGGUCCAACUUCGCUUGUUUCUACAGAGGGAGAUUUGAAUGUUCGCUCAAAUAACGGUAAACACGAAAGUGCACAGACUGGUGCUAAUUCCUCCGAUAUCUCGAUGCGUCUUAAUUCAUCAUUUAGUGGUAAAUUGGACGGAAAAGCGACUGAGCGUGAGACGGCUGAAAACCAUGGCUCACCCUCCUCCUUAGAAAGCGAUCAUUCGCAGGCUGGAAGCCAGGAUUCGGGUCCUCAAAGAGUUCGUUCAUCUUCUACGAGUGAACCUGCACACCCAAACGCUAAGAUGACGUCGACAAAACAAUCAAAUGGGUCUGUUACGACCCGUCAGAAUAUGUCGACUCCCAUCUGCAAAAACUGUAAAACACAGACAACUCCAUUAUGGAGAAGGGACCAAUCAGGACAGGUUCUAUGUAACGCAUGUGGACUAUUUCUUAAGCUUCACGGACGUCCAAGGCCAAUCUCCUUGAAAAGUGAUGUGAUAAAAUCAAGAAAUAGAGUGAAGCAUAAUAACAACGGGAAUGGCUCAAAGUCAAGUCCAAACACACCGGAAUUGAAGGCCAAAGAUUCCCACAACAAGUUCUCAUCGAAACAGUACAAGCCAAGAAUGAGAUCAGGCAAGAGAUCAUCUUCUAAUGGCUCUCGUAACAUUGAACAUUCUGGUUCGCAGAACCAAGCUGUUAAGAAUGGGCAGACAAAUUCAAUGGCUUCUUUGGGCAAAGUUUCAGGCUCUAUUCCUGUUCGUAAUACUCGCUCACCAGGCCUUCUUCCACUACUUCCAAGGGGUCAGAGCUCGUUUGGAGCUCCGAAUGGAAAUGGCAAAUCAAGUGGUAUUCAACCACUUCAUUAUCCGGCAUCGACUCCUACUCAAUUUGCUCCAAAUUUGACAAGGGUUACAUCACCGCUACUUUUGUCCUCAACGGCACCUCCGAUAUUUAAUCCUUCUCAAUCCUCAGAGAGAUCAAGCUCGCAGCAAAAUCUUGGAAGAGAUGCGGUCUUGAAUGCUGCCGGUGCUUUAGAAACCCUUAGUCAGCAGAAUUCAAACGAGAAGAUCCCAGGGAUGAAACUAGACGGUAUUACAAGCAAUUCGACCAAUAAGAUCGAAACGCUUCCACCUCUUGGAUAUAUCAGAAAGCCAUAUUCUCCUUCCACAGAGCUCAACGGCUAUGCUACGCCUCCUCUCCUACCGGCCGGGGCUUCAAAAUUACCCGCACUUUCUCCAAACUUCGCACCUACUGCAGGUACAAUUGUCAAUCCGGCAUUUGCCGGUCAGCCUUCCCAGGGCUCCCCAAAUGGGGAAAUACUUCCACCAAUCAAGAGUAUUACAGGCGGUUCUUCUCCAAAUGGUUCGAAUGGGUCCACCACGUCAAAUUUUGGACCAAUGCAACAAGCCCAACAACAGAUUGCUUCCCGCUCCCAAAUGGCUUCACCAAUGAUUUCCGCUGUGGCAGUGGAUGGAUCCGGUAGACUUCCAUCCAUAGGCAGAAACCAAAUGACUGUGGAUUAUCAACAACAACAGCAACAACAGCACUCCCGUCAGUCGGAACAGCAGAUGCCACAGAAUGUUCCGGUUCAAUCACAACAACCAAUUCAGGGUAACCAAACACAAGCACAACUAUCGGUUUAUGCCACAAGUGAAGAACUUAGAACACGCAUAUCCGAGCUGGAAUUGGUGAAUGAUCUUUAUAAGACCAGAAUUAUGGAACUCGAGGCUAUGGAUAAUGCGGCAAAGCAAAGGGAAAUGCUUUUGAAGAAGAGAAUAGAUGAACUGACUGAGACUUUACGUAGGCGACAGGUCUAUGGCUAUCCAAUGGAAUACAUGAAUCAAUCCCAACCCCAUGCACAGCAACCGCGCCAGCAAAGGCAGCAAACAAUGCGUUCUCAACAUGGUAGUCCUGCUCCAAGGUGUUCAGUUUUAGGGCCGCAAGCAUCUCCACAAAACCAGGAUCAUAAGCAGCAGAAGGUUAAACAAGAAUUAAAGCAACAGAGUUUGCCUCAAAUACGGGAUUCGCCACCAAAAAAUGAAAAUAAGCAUACAUCACAGACUGGUGGGGAUUUUAAAAGAGUGAAGCUGGACCGUUAA